CCAACCUUCCUGCGCGCCGCCGCCGUCAUGGCGACCUCGCUCUCCUCCCCCUCCCAGCUGCGCCCAUGCCCCUCCCACGCCCGCCACGCCGUGCUAUCCCGCUCCCUCCUCCCCUUCCCGCGCCGCCACCACGGCGUCCCCCGCCGCGGCCUCUCCGCCCGCGCCGCCGCCGCCUCCUCCUCCAACGGCGCCGCGCAGGACCCCGCCGUCACCGUGCGCCACUUCGCCGCCGAGCCCACCAAGAUCGGCAAGCUCGCCGGCGUCAAGAAGAUCAUGAUCCUCGGCGCGGGGCCCAUCGUCAUCGGCCAGGCGUGCGAGUUCGACUACUCCGGCACGCAGGCCUGCAAGGCGCUCGUCGAGGAGGGCUACGAGGUCGUGCUCGUCAACUCCAACCCGGCCACCAUCAUGACCGACCCGGACCUGGCCCACCGCACCUACAUCGGGCCCAUGACGCCGCCGCUCGUCGAGGGCAUCAUCGCCAACGAGCGCCCCGACGCGCUGCUCCCCACCAUGGGCGGCCAGACCGCGCUCAACCUCGCCGUCUCCCUCGCCGAGUCGGGCGCGCUCGACCGCCUCGGCGUGCGCCUCAUCGGGGCCUCCCUCCCCGCCAUCCGCAUGGCCGAGGACCGCCAGCUCUUCAAGCAGGCCAUGGACCGCAUCGGCCUCAAGACCCCGCCAUCCGGCAUCGGGACCACCCUCGAGGAGUGCCUCGACAUCGCCCAGCACAUCGGCGAGUUCCCGCUCAUCGUCCGCCCGGCCUUCACCCUCGGCGGCACCGGGGGAGGCAUCGCCUACAACAGGGCCGAGUUUGAGGACAUUUGCCGCUCCGGCCUCGCCGCCUCGCACACCAAGCAGGUGCUCGUCGAGAAGUCCCUGCUCGGAUGGAAGGAGUACGAGCUUGAGGUCAUGCGUGACCUCGCAGACAAUGUCGUCAUCAUCUGCUCCAUCGAGAACAUCGACCCCAUGGGCGUGCACACGGGGGAUUCCAUCACCGUCGCGCCUGCUCAGACCCUCACCGACAAGGAGUACCAGAGGCUCAGGGACUACUCUGUGGCCAUCAUCCGUGAGAUUGGCGUAGAGUGCGGGGGUUCCAAUGUGCAGUUCGCUGUGAACCCUGCAGACGGGGAGGUGAUGGUCAUUGAGAUGAACCCCAGGGUUUCAAGGUCGUCAGCUCUUGCAUCCAAGGCAACAGGGUUUCCCAUUGCAAAGAUGGCGGCGAAACUCUCUGUAGGUUAUACUCUCGACCAGAUUCCAAACGAUAUAACAAAGAAGACACCUGCUAGCUUUGAGCCUUCCAUUGACUAUGUUGUCACAAAGAUACCACGAUUUGCGUUUGAGAAAUUCCCUGGUUCUGAGCCAAUAUUGACUACACAGAUGAAGUCUGUUGGUGAGUCAAUGGCACUAGGGCGGACCUUCCAGGAGUCUUUCCAGAAAGCUGUCCGUUCAUUGGAAACAGGCUUUUCAGGAUGGGGUUGUGCGCCCAUCAAGGAACUUGAUUGGGACUGGGAAAAGAUAAAGUAUAGCUUACGUGUACCUAAUCCAGAUCGUAUUCAUGCUAUUUAUGCUGCUUUCAAGAAAGGUAUGAGAGUUGAAGAUAUUCAUGAAAUUAGCUUCAUCGAUACAUGGUACCUUACACAGCUCAAGGAGCUGAUAGAUGUUGAGCGGCUUCUUAUGUCGAAGAGCCUUGGUGAUCUGUCAAAAGAGGACUUCUAUGAAGUGAAGAGGAGGGGUUUUAGUGAUAAGCAGAUUGCAUUUGCGACGUCCUCAUCUGAAAGUGAUGUGAGAGCAAGACGUUCCGCAUUAGGUGUCAUUCCAACAUACAAGCGUGUUGAUACCUGUGCUGCUGAGUUUGAAGCCAACACCCCCUACAUGUACUCUACAUACGAGUAUGAAUGCGAGUCAGCUCCCACUAAUCGGAAGAAGGUGCUGAUAUUGGGUGGUGGACCCAAUAGGAUAGGCCAGGGUAUUGAGUUCGAUUACUGCUGCUGCCAUGCUUCCUUCGCUCUCCGAGAGGCUGGAUAUGAGACUAUAAUGAUGAACUCCAAUCCGGAGACAGUUUCAACUGACUAUGAUACCAGCGACCGUUUGUACUUUGAACCAUUGACUGUUGAGGAUGUGACAAAUGUCAUUGAUUUGGAGCGCCCAGAUGGUAUAAUUGUGCAGUAUGGAGGGCAAACCCCUCUAAAGCUUGCGCUUCCAAUACAACGCCAUCUAGAGGAGACGAAGCUACGGUCUGCUUCAGGCUCAGGAUUUGUGAAGAUAUGGGGAACAUCACCUGAUUCUAUUGAUGCUGCUGAGGACAGAAAAAGAUUUAAUGCAAUUCUUGAAGAGCUUGGGAUUGAGCAACCUAAAGGAGGAAUUGCAAGAAGCGAGUCUGAUGCGUUGUCUAUUGCCUCAGAGGUAGGCUACCCUGUGGUGGUCCGACCCUCGUAUGUUCUUGGUGGACGAGCAAUGGAGAUUGUGUACAAUGAUGAAAAGUUGAUUAAGUACCUUGCGACUGCAGUGCAAGUUGAUCCAGAGCGACCUGUCCUGGUGGAUAAAUAUCUGAAUGAUGCUAUUGAAAUUGAUAUUGAUGCUUUGGCUGACUCAGCUGGGAAUGUUGUGAUUGGCGGAAUCAUGGAGCAUAUUGAGCAGGCUGGUAUACAUUCUGGUGAUUCAGCUUGUUCCCUUCCCACUAGAACAGUCUCAACCCAAUGCUUAGAUAUUAUCCGUUCAUGGACCACAAAGCUAGCUAAGCGUCUUAAUGUCUGUGGGCUCAUGAACUGCCAGUAUGCUAUCACUCCUUCUGGUGAGGUGUUUCUGCUUGAGGCAAAUCCUCGAGCUUCACGCACAGUCCCUUUUGUCUCGAAAGCAAUUGGCCAUCCGUUGGCUAAAUAUGCAUCUCUGAUCAUGUCUGGAGUGACCCUGCCAGAGCUUGGAUUUACCAAAGAAGUGAUCCCUAAGCAUGUUUCUGUCAAGGAGGCUGUUCUUCCAUUUGAGAAAUUCCAAGGGUGUGACAUUCUUCUUGGACCAGAGAUGCGUAGCACUGGAGAGGUUAUGGGCAUUGACUACGAGUUUUCUGGUGCGUUUGCAAAGGCUCAGAUUGCUGCUGGACAGAAGCUCCCUGUAAGUGGCACUGUGUUCCUUAGCCUCAAUGACCUGACAAAGCGCCACCUUGCUGAAAUGGGGCGUGGGUUCCGUGAACUUGGCUUCAACAUUAUUGCCACAUCUGGAACGGCCAAAGUACUCGAGUUGGAGGGCAUUCCAGUGGAGCCUGUUCUGAAAAUACAUGAGGGGCGGCCAAAUGUCAGAGACAUGCUUAAGAAUGGUCAGAUCCAGGUCAUGGUGAUAACAAGCUCCGGCGAUGAUCUUGACUCGAGAGAUGGCCUGCAACUGCGCAGGCUAGCCCUGGCCUACAAGGUUCCCAUUAUCACAACUGUGGAUGGUGCACGUGCUACCAUGGAUGCCAUCAAGAGCAUGAAGAACAAAUCAAUAGAGAUUCUUGCAUUGCAAGACUAUUUCCAGCCUGCUGAUGCACCACAGAAGUUGGAAGCAGCACAAGCUGCACCUUAGGGUGAUAUGCCCUUAUGUUCUCUUUCUUAUCUUACGGCUUUGUUCUAAUGCCAACUGCAAUCCCGCGCAAUGUAGGAUUUUGUGUACCUGCUAGGAUAAUCAUACCUACUUCAUGCGCAAAGGCAAGUGUCGGAAGUCAUAUUGGUUGCUGAGUGUUGGGAGUUAAAAUUGAUGUUGGGGAUUUGUAUUUUUAUUGUAUAACGGUAGGGUCGGCAUCCAUAGAAUAAGGCCUCCAGUUGCACUCUGAUGGUAUCAUCUCCACUCUGGAGCAUGUACUUGUAUCCCCAUGGCACAUAUUUGUGCGUACUUAUCUAUAUUGUACCCGUCCUCUAA